GGUAGGCUAUCAAAUAUGAACUAUAGAAAUAUCAGUCUGCUUGGGAUUAUUUUAUCCAAUAUUCGAUGAAAAUGAAAAAAAGCAUCAGGCACGUUUGCUGUAAAACCUGUCGGAAAAUAACACGAUUCAAGGAAGGCAUCUCAACUGGUCGUUACGUAACUGCUAGCAACAACAACAACACUUGACAGUCAUCGAUGAAGAAAAGCCUGAACCAUGACAGAAACAGCGACAGCUGAGAUAUUUACCACACAUCCUUGAGGAAGUCCGCUUUUCUGCAGACGUGUUCAGUCUUGCUUCGCAUCACCCAGCACGAUGUCUGGCUCUUACGAUGAAUCCGCUGUCGCUGAUGAGGCCAUGGACAGCUUUUGGGAGGUGGGAAAUUAUAAGCGUGCAGUCAAGAGAAUUGACGACGGCCAUCGACUUUGCAAUGAUCUUAUGAACUGCCUUCAGGAACGUGCCAAGAUCGAGAAGUCCUACAGCGCACAGCUCACUGAAUGGUCCAAAAGGUGGAGGCAACUGAUUGAGAAAGGGCCUCAGUACGGUUCUGUGGAGCGAGCCUGGUUAGCUAUGAUGACAGAGGCUGAUAAAGUGAGUGAGCUUCAUCAAGAGGUGAAGAACGGUCUGAUGAACGAGGACAUUGAGAAGGUGAAAAACUGGCAGAAAGACUCAUACCACAGACAGAUAAUAGGGGGCUUCAAGGAAACCAAAGAGGCAGAAGAGGGCUUCAAGAAAGCCCAGAAACCCUGGGCUAAGAAACUCAAAGAGAUGGAAACGGCAAAGAAGACCUAUCACAUGGCAUGUAAAGAGGAGAAACUGGCUGCAGGCCGUGAGGCAGAUGCUUCUGUCGCUCCAGACCAGCAGAAGAAACUCCAUGAGAAGACAGAGAAAUGCAAACAGGAUGUGCAGAAGGCGAAAGAGAAGUACGAGAAGUCUCUGGACGAGUUGUCGAAGUGCACACCACAGUACAUGGAAUGCAUGGAGCAGGUGUUUGACCAAUGCCAGCAGCACGAGGUCAAACGACUGACCUUCCUCAAAGAGGUUCUUCUGGACAUCAAACGACACCUUAACCUCACCGAGAACCAAAACUAUGCCUCAGUGUACCGUGAGUUUGAACGCACCAUUCUGGCUGCCAACACACAAGAGGAUCUCAAGUGGUUCAGUAAUAAUCAUGGUCCUGGCAUGCAUAUGAACUGGCCCCAGUUUGAGGAAUAUAAUCCAGACGCCACCAAUGCUGUUGCCAAGAGAGAAAAGAAGAAGCCAGAUGGAGUGGCUCCUGCUACUCCAAACACAGAGCAUGCAGGUCAAGCAGGUGACCGUGGCAGUGUGAGCAGCUAUGAUAAGAACCAGGCGUAUUCCACCGAAUGGUCCGAUGAUGAGCAGCCCGCCGGAUACUCGGGGAAUGAGACGAAUGGCGGUGGAAACUCUUUCGAGGAUGACACAGUCAGCAGAGGAGGCGUGCGAGUGCGAGCACUGUAUGACUAUGAAGGACAAGAGCAGGAUGAGCUAAGCUUCAAAGCAGGUGAUGAAUUAACAAAGAUUGAAGAAGAAGAUGACCAGGGCUGGUGCAGAGGUCGUCUGGACAGCGGCCGGACAGGCUUAUACCCAGCCAAUUACGUUGAGGAAAUCUGAUAACCUGACUGGAGGACAACACACCUUUGGAGGCAGCUCUGAUUGUCCGAUCUAAUAACAUGGCAAAAACGCCAGAGACUUAAUAUGAACGACUUUCCCUGAAGAUGUGCAAUGCAGUCUUGUUUAAAAUCAAAAAAAAAAAAAUCUUAGUAAAGAUAUCCACACUGUAUAUAUUGAUCUUAUCUGCAAGGUGAGGAAGAGCUUGCUCACUACUAAUAUCUAUUUGCAAAUAUUUAAAAAUAAUAUACAUUCAAACAAACAGAUAUGAACAAAUAAAUGACCCAUCAGUUAUGCAAGUACAGGACACACAUUAUUUGUGCAGAUUACAUGUUAUUCAAAAUUAUAUUACAGACAUGAGUAUAGAAUACUCCAAUUAGCAUAAUAUCCAACUGAACAGUUAUUCAUGUGGCCAUUCUGCUGUAUUUUAGUACAAAGUUCAUAUAACAAAGUCAGUGUGCAAUUACGGGGUACUCGUCCAGUGUCAUGAUGUUUAAACAGAAUAUGACUCACAACGGGCUAUUUGGUUUUCCUCUUACUCUCACCAUCAGUCCAUGCCUUGUUGCGCUGAUUAUUAUAUUAGGUAUCGUUCACUUGAUGUCUGUGUCUUUACGCAUAGCAGCAUGUGCUAUGGAGCAUGUAGCCCUUGAUUACUCAGGCCAUCUGUACUGUAUGCAAUUCUCACCGUGACCACAGAGGGCAGCAGACAUAAUGUCAACCUAGAAUAUCUAUGACUGUAACCGAAAUCACUCCCUAUACCCUUAAAUAGGGCACUAUUUGAGGGGGGAGCCAUUUGUAGAGGUGUCCAAAACUAGGAGUGUAAGGAUACAACCUCGAUAUUCAAUCCCAUAAUGCACCACAAUAAUGAGUGUACAACUGAUGUACACUCAACGGCUAGAGAAUACCUAUAACGCACUGUGAGGGUCAUGCCGAAGGAAUUCCCACGUCUGACCAGAAGAUGGCACCUGCAAAUGAAUCAUCCAUCCAUCCAUCCAUCCAUCCAUCCAUCCAUCCAUCCGUCCAUCCAUUUGUGGUCAAUGUGGCUACAGUGUAAUAUCAUACAGGUAUAAAUUCCUUUUUAAUUGAUUAUUAAAUUGUUUAAUUAAUGUCUAUAAAUAGUUUCCAUGACAGAGUUCAGGAUAAAACUUUUCAUUACUACUGGAGCUGUCAGUUUGCUAAGUUUCAAAUUAUUAUUAAACGGCAAGCAUAAACUAAGCAAUAUUGGCAGCCUUUUCAGGACACUCAGUGUCUGAUUUCACUCACUAGUUUUCAUUCACUUCUUCAAGUGGACUAUAUUAGUGGAGUAAUGUAGGGAAUAGUGAAUGAGGGUAUAGGGGGCCAUUUCGAACACAGCUUAAGUUAAGAACUGAAUACUACCUUAGUAGUAGUAUACAAUGGAUACUGCAUACUAUUUUAAAAAGUAGUAUGUGAAACAGUAUGCAUUAUGCAGCGAAAAACUUUUCAAAAAGUAGCAUGCUAUUGUUGGCAUGUGACGUCUUCAUGUUGCAUGGAGUGGCGUCCAGAUAUUGUCGAACAAUGCUGUUGUCUUGAAUUUGUGUAAAAAUGGCUUUUUAUGGGAUGAGACUACCAAAAUAGAGAGGUCAAACUAGAUUUUUAUUUUUUUUCCAUCAUGCUAGAAAUGGAAAGUCAAGCACAUUGCAUCUUAGAAUACUGUUGCUAAAUGAACAACAUAAAUUUGGGUAUUCCACGCAUACAUAACAUUUGCAUACUGUACAUAGUAUACAUACUAUAUACUGCAGAAAGAGUACAAAUAGUAAGUGUGCUGUUCUGAACAUGACCACAGUUCUCCAAUUGGGUGAUGGUUGAGCAGUGUCAUCUCAUGUUUGUCAAAGCCAUGUGUUGUUAUUCUUUACUCCAAGAAGGCAUUGUCUAUUUGGCAUGUGUUCAUGGUCACUUCUUGUACCAAAUCAAGGUUCCUCAGAUGGACAUGAAUGUUUUCUGUGAAUGAUUUGGGCUACUUAUGCACAGCACAUUUUUAAGUGCCCCUAUUAUGCCAUUUUAAAGUUUUAAACUAAUUUAAACAACUAAUUUUGUUUUGGAGGUCUCCUACAAUACGUUUACAUGCAUCAAAGGUCAAAAAACACCUUGAUUUUCUCAUAUACAUUGCAGCAACACUAAUUUUUAAAGUGUCUAAACGGUGUGAUAAAGGAUUCCGUCUCUCUAUUCCGUCUCUCUCCUCCUUUCCGACAGCUUCCUUUGCUCUGAUUGGUCAGAUGGCCCAGUCUGUUGUGAUUGGUCUACUCUACUCUGACUGAUCAAAUGACCCAGGGCACAUUCAAGCUUAAACCGGUGCGUAACGUUUUGCUACGGUUUCCAGGUUGAAUGACAUGUUUCCUGGAAAAGGUGCGCAACGGGGUUUGAGAUACGUUUUCUCUUGUUUGGUGGGUGUGUCAAAAAUGUCAGCCCAAUCAGCAGCAACAUGUAUAUAAACCACGCGGUAUUAAAGAGACAGCUCGCACAAUAGGUCCAAGUAAAGUCGUUUACAAUGUGUCCCCUGCAGAUCGGUAUACGUAACAACUGUAGAUAUUAGAAGACGUAAGUUUGACAUAAGAGUUUUAUAGUAAAAAUAUAGCAUAUCAACAUGAUGAUGUAGUUGUUUAUAUUUUAGCUUCAUUGCAAGGCAAGUUUAUUUAUAUACCAAAUUUCAUACACAAUAGUAAUUAAGUGCUUUCUUAAUUGUUCUCUUUUAUUCUGGAUGGCAAGGGCAGUGACUGUGAUGGCAAGGGCAGUGACUGUAACGUCAAGCAUAUUUUGCAGUAUUAAACACGUAUUUAUACCGAUUUCAUCAGGCUCCGAAAAUUCUUCAAAAAGAACACAAAGAAUGGCCUUCUCAGCUGCCAUAGUUGCAACUCUUGCGUCAUCAGAACAGCGUGUUCAACACACCACCGUUUCCGUUUAAAAAAUGUUUUGCAACGUUUUGUCAGGGCUGAACACAGCCCCCGUCUGUUGUGAUUGGUCUGCUCUGCUCUGAUUGGUCAGAUCACCCAGUCUGUUGUGAUUGGUCGACCGCUUACAACACAUGUCGGAGACCAGACGGUCAUUACAAUAUCUAAAUUUCAGCUCUGGAUCUGCCACAGCACUUAAUACAUAGUGAUAUGAACAGUAAUGUUGGCAUCAGUUUUACCAUAUUCCAGCGCCAGUCUCAUCCUUUGGAAAUGCAUCAAAGUGGAUUUGCGUUGGCAGCGCAGAAAACUGUGUCUUCUCAACAUAUCAACAACACAAACCAAAUUCUUACAGCCUUGCCUUGUUUGUGGGCAGGAAAAGUACAGCCAACAAAGACCACAGGCUGGCAUUAUGCAAAUUUGUUCGUGCAGGAAGACUGGAAUUACUGAUGACUCAUUUCAGGCAGUUCAGAAUCGAUUCUUUCUUUUGGGAGACAAAUACUCCAUUUAGCUGCACUUUGACCUUCGAAACUGCAGACAUUUUACAUUCACAAACAGCUAUAAACACACUACAAGGUGAUAUUCGAAAAAGCAUAAUAAGGGCACUUUAACAGACUAAAUCUCUGAGUGAAUUUCACAGUUGGACCAUCAUAUGCAUCACUAGUUACGUCUGAUACUUACAUCUGAUAAACUGAUUCACUCUGAGGAAUCCCUGUAGUUUCAUGGCCUGUUAACUAAAACGCUCUGUUUUUGCAUCAAGUUUGAAAAAAGUUACAAAAUCUUUGAUCAAUUUUGAAAUAAUAAAACAGCUAAAAGAUUCACACAUAGUGCCAACAUAUGAUUUGCUGGCAAUAUAGUGUACGUUGGUCCCAAAAGUAUUUGGACAUUUAAGCCAUUUCUAUUUGACAGAAAGAUAGCACAAGCACACUUCUCUCUCUCUCAAAAAAAGUUUGAAAUGAUAAAAACAAUAAAAUCUUGUGCAGCAGCUAAGAAAUUUAUACAUUUUUAAAUGUGACUCAAGUGUCCAAGUACUUUUUGUGACCACUGUAUUUUAUUCCUCCCACUGCUGAUCUCUGUAUGGCGUACCGCCACACUUUUGAUAACGCAAGCAGUGCUCCUUGUGUCCUUGUGUUUUCCAGAUUGCAGUACUGAAAACAUUGUGAAUAUGUGGAUCUGUGUUUUGUUCAAGGAGUUUCAGUGUGGGAGUGAAAAUGAACAACAAACAGGAUGUGACAUAAUACAUUCAGAGGAAAGACCCCCUACCAGCUUUGUGAUUUGUCUAAAACUGUUCAGUCUAGAAAAAAAAAAAAAAAAAAAAAAACUUGCAUUGUCAAAAUAUCCCGUAACAUACACAAAAAGUACGGGAGGGUACAUGUGUCAGGUUUAUCGUAUUGGGGAGCAUCCUCUUUAUUAUAUUCAGUGUGUAUGAGUUGUGUUUAUGUAUAGAAAAUAAAAAAUGUAGUGUUAUAAUUGUAAAUGUUGGGUAACAAAAGAACAACGCUUUGAAAAAAUAACACUGUAAUGCUCUAUAGGUACCAUAUUGUAUUAAUAUGAUUUUGACUGCAAUGAAAUCACUAUGUACCAUACCUGUAUAAAUGCGUGUGGGUCCACGCCGUCAUAUUUGUAUAUGAUGAUGUAAUUUAUUAAGAUUAUAUUCUACUGUAACUGUACAACUGUGUUGAGUAGAGACAAACGUCUAAGUUGAGACAGGAAAGAACCGUGUAAUGUAAAUGCUAUUUUUAAUGUUGAUUUGUACUUUAUGCAAAUUAAGGGAUGAAGGUUUAUGUUGUGAACGUUUCUCUUGCAGUGUAGAGGACGUGUAUGUUCAUAGUUAGUUGAUGUAAAUUGAUCUCCUUGCUGGUGUAGUGCCUCCUCAUCCAUAACAUAAUGUUCAUUUAUAUAUGCAUAAAGUUAAUGAUGAUGAACAUAA